GCAACGCUGUUUUGUUCCCCCCCUAAACUCGUCAAACCCCUAUCAAAGCAAUAUUGCACUUUAUUUUAAAUCACUUUGAACCACAUAAUCCGUCACUAUUACACAACAAGUGUGAGGUUAAAAUGAUAGAUGGAAAGCUGAGUUUGAGUCUGACUUGUGACAAACUCCUGAUUAAUCAGCAGCUCGCUUGCUGCCAGUCCUAUAGUGGCAUACCUCAGCAUGGUAAGAAUGUCCUACUUUACAGCAACAAGCAGACGCAACAAAAGCCCCUGGUGCUAACAGGUCACCACGAUGACAUCACUGCCAUGACCUUUGGGAAAAAAAGCAGCCCCAUUAUUCUCUGUUCUGCCUCUUCUGAUUAUAUUAUCAUCUGGGACAUUGAAGCAUGUCAGAAAAGAAGACAAGAGGGUAAACUUGCUGCUGGAACAGUAAUCGGGACUUUACUGGGGAAGGUUGUACAUCUCUCAUUCUGUUUCUUUGAUGAACGAGUGGCUGCAUGCUCAGGAACAACCCUGCAUGUUCUCAGUUCAAAGAGACAGGAAGUGAUUCACAAAUUAAAGGGUCACCUUGGACCUUUAACAUCUGCAGAGUUCUGUCCCUGGAACACUAAUAUUUUAGUCAGCACCUCAGAGGAUCGAACUUUUAAGGUUUGGGAUUUAAAAACUGGAGGUGUUUUUUAUCAAUCCUUUGUGCUCUCAGGAUCUCCCCUACUUAGCGUUUUGUUCUUGGAGAGGGAACAGCACCUUAUCACCGGCUCAACUGAUGGACAGGUGUGGUGCUUUUCUUUUAAUGAUGACGUUAAAUGCCACCUUGUGAAAAAAAUGGACCUUCAGAAGAUGGAGAAAAGACAUGGAGAGCGCCAGGAGACUGUAAGCCAUCAAGGAGGUGUUGCUGAACAAUCAGUUAUUGAUAAAGUGGAAAUCUCAAAGCCUGUCAUCACAAUGGCUUCAUGUGAACAAUUUCCAGGAAUCCAUUUCAGCCAAGAAAUAAAUAACAGCUGGCUUUGUAUUGGAAGCUCCAAUGGUCUUUAUGUGGUGGAGCUGGCUACUUCCGAACUCCUAACAGUGCUGUAUUUCAAAGAUAACCCCACCCUGAAUAUCAACAUGGUGGGUUCAUGGUCAAUCCCUGCGGUUUCUGAGUCUAUGGUGGUUCUGGUGAGCUCUUUGUUCAAUCCACAUGCUGUCCUGAUAGACUUGUGUUUGAGUGACCUAAAGAAGACAGGAGUAGGUGAUGGAGGCUUUUCUGUCUUCCCAAGUUCUCCUCUACUGCUUGAAUCUCCUUUGAAUGCUGAGUUAAAAAGGAAGGAAUCCAGCCACCCUAAAAAGAAAGGAGGUUUAAAGGAAAAGCCUCUAGUUUUUCACUCCAAAGUGAAGUCAUCUGGAUACACCACCAAGCCAAGAAUGACUAUGUUUUCACCACAAACUAAUACUCAGAAGAAAACACCCAUUAAAAAGUCACAUAAACUUCUAGACUUCCUCCAGAGUAACUACCCAGAGGACAGUGCAGCCCCAACUGAACAACGCAUUGAACUUAACAUUGCAAACAAGCAGGUCUCAUGUCUUCAGUAUUCAGGUGAUGGAAAACAAAUCCUGUGUGGUCUUGGCGACCGGACAGUGUUACUGUACAAUUCCAGCCUCACUGGUAGUCCAACAGCUUUCAUAGGUCAUGACAAGCCGGUGAGCAGUGUGAGUUGGAGCCUCUGCAGACAGUGGUGGCUGAGUGCAGCAGAAGAUCUAUCACUGCGAAUCUGGACAAAGUCUAGCUCCGAGCCUGCUCUUAUCAUGGGUGACACUACGUUCUCUAAACCCAUUAGAGGUGCUCAGUUUUAUUACAUGGACAAAUUUCUACUCCUAACAUCCGGACCCUCUGUCUACAUGUACCUAUAUAACAUCGACAUCACACAUGAUGACAUUAAAAGAUAUAAGCAGCGGAGCGUCAUCAAAUUGGCAAGCUGCUUAACACCGUCAGCCUCGGACAUCACAGCCUUGUCUGCGGUCAAUGAAUUUCACUCAUAUAUUGUUUUAGUGUGUUGUUCAGAUCGGUCCAUUCAAGUUCUGGACAUGAACAAAGGUGCCGUUGGUUCUGUGCUGCCUGACUCCCACAGCAGAGCAAUCCACAGUAUCACACAAAAUAAGGGGUCCACAUUCACCUCACAGGCUCCAGAGUCAUACAACGUAUUCCUCACCAGUGCAAUUACAGAUGGUGUGAAGAUGUGGGACCUCCGUACAAUGAGGUGUGUGCGGCGCUAUGAGAACCAUGUAAAUCGCUGUCAUCCAUGCUCCAGUGCCAUCUCACCCUGCGGCCGGUUCAUCGCCUCUGGCUCUGAGGAUAACUGCGCCUAUGUGUAUGAUAUCCGUAGCAGCACCUACCUCCACAAACUCCAGAGACACUCAGACACUGUACUAAGUGUGGCUUUCAACCCUGCAACACCAGAGUUGUUAACAGGAACCCUGGACGGGAAGCUACGGCUCUACCAGUCGUGCAAAGCGUUCCCUUUGUCCCAUGACACCAGCACUGCUGUGCAUUGCGUCUCUAACAUGACUGCGUAGUUAGAGCUGGCUGCAGGAGAGACCAUGCAGUAUUCAUUAAGACAGCUGAAACCCACAGGCAAGGAUUUCAUAUGAAACAAAGAAUUUAUUUUGUUUUGUUUCUACUGCCUUUAGCUCAAUAAAAUCAAAACAUA